CCACGGACUAGCGACAUGUUCCCGACGAGCGGACCCGUCGACGACUUUACAGAGCUAGAAGUGAGAUGUCUCACGCUCACGCAGCUGUACGAGACGGCUAAGCAGCCAGAAGAUGCGGCUACAACGAUUAUCUACGCGGGCAUGCAACCAACGUCGGGCGGAGAGGCGGACCUGGAUGCCUGGUACAGAGAAGAACACAAUGAUCAGAUGUCAAAGGAACCGGGAUGGAAACGGACGUCGCGAUUCAGCCUUCUCUACCAGGACCGGAACGACGGGAAGGAGCCUGGCGGGCUUGGCUUCCUGGCAAUCCACGAGUUUGGAGAGGGGAACAAGAUCGGAAAGGACGUCGAGCCUUUAGAUCCCAUGACGGACUGGACCAAGAGGUGUAUGAGCGAAUGCAAGGCGAUCGAUGCUGCCGUUUACCACAAGGUAAAGAGUUUCGGGAAGGCGGCGGAUGGGGCGUAGGCGAAUGGACCGCCAAUCACACAACGCCUCCACUCAUAUGCUCGAACCUAGGGAAAGCUGGUGUCGUAAAAGAUGGGAGCGCGAUGAACGGAACAGGGGCAGGGCCGAGAGGAACCCACAUGAUAUCUACUUUCGGUUAGCGCGCCCGCACGGGCCUGAC